GUUCACAACAGCGGGGAAAAAAUGGGCAACGUUUAAAAGUGUCCGAGUUUCUUUUUAUUUUUCAUCUAGUCUAGAUCUACCCAGAUCUACGUGAAGCUGUUGUGUUUUCAUUACGACGAUUACGUCUUUCGCUGGAUAAUUCUGUGACCAUAAUUUUGUGAUGUUUAAAGGGAAGUAAUUUGUCUCGUAAGGACUGCAGGCUUUAAGUCAUGUCCCUUGUUGUGGAGGGAGGGAUCAACCUUGCCAUGGGAGAGACAGAAAGCCGUGAGGUCUACAGCCCAGCCUCCAGCUACUCCACCUUCUCACAUGAGGUCAAGUACAUCUUUGACCCUGAGGAGGACAGCCAAGACCAGUAUGCAGAUUACUCACACAUAACACCUCGAGCCAAGCAGGGCUACCUCUCGUACACCCCUCGGACACUGAGCGCCACCUCUCCCAUGUCAGGUAAAGAGAACCAGACCCCGCUAGCCAUGAGAGAAGAGCAAGAACCACUGCAGGCAAACUCUAGAACAAACAGCGUCAUUUCCUCUGGUUCACGGGACAGGGGACCCAUCAGUCCUCGCAUGGAGGAGGUUCUGUACUCCUCAACAAACUAUGGCUACGGGCAGCGCAAGUCUGCCCCACACCCUGAGCACGCCCCCAGGGAGAAGGCCUACUUCAGCCCUGUCACAGAGGCCCCAUCCUACCCAUAUGCUAAACAGGCGUAUCCAGGUUGGAAAAACAACAGCAACAAAAUAAACAGCCACAACAACAACAAUAACAAAGUGAACAACAACAAUCUGCCACAGUACCAGCAAGGCAUGCACCAGAAGAACUCAAACUACCACCAGGAACAGAGCAAGCAGAACUGGUCUGGCGGAGCAGCGCCUGUCAACACCUUCCAGACACACCACCCAUUAAACAACCUCCACAGCAACUACCACUACCAUCAGCCUCACCCUCACAACCAGCCUAACCACGAGCCACCGUACCCGCUCCCGCCCCGGUACAACCACCAGCACCACAUGAGGAGAAAAACAUGGUCGCCCCCCACCCUGAAGAUGAGCCUGCUCAAUGCUGGUUCUCAGGGCUCACGGGUCUGCUACAGCAACGACUCCAUAGACUUUACUGAGGAACCUGGUGUAGAACGCAAGAGCCAGAGUUUUUCAGAGGACCUGGAUGUAACGCCACCCAAACUGGCGCCAAUCAGCGGAGUACUAGCCCAGAAACCUGGGCCAAACCUGAUCAAGCCUAUAGCUUUUAAACCGGUGCAAGUGAGUCCAGUGGGCCAGUCAAACAGGAGAACAUCAGGGCUAGAUGAGCACCUUGCCAGCUCUCAAGAAAUGACCAGACCCAAUGCCAUGAAGCUGGGGGUCAGCAUGCUAGGGGUCAGGAGCAGCCCCGACUCCCAGACAAGCAAGACCAACCCUGGGGCCUUCAACUCCAUGGCCAAGAGCCAACACCAUGCCAGCCCUGGCCAACAGGGCCACCAUGCCAGCCCUGGCCAACAGGGCCACCACUAUGGCCCUGACCACCACUACCCAACAUCCCACCCUUCCAGUGUCAACAGUUCUCACAGUGGUUCUCAACACAAUUCCUCCUCGGGAUCUUACCAUAAUAUUUCAUCCAACUCCUACAGCAAUAUCCCUGCCAACUCCCAACACAACAUGUCGGCUAACUCCUCCCACCUCUCGGCUAACUCCUCCCACUUGUCCAGUGCAGAGGACACCAGCUUUUCUAAUGAGUUGACCCGUGCCUCAGACAGGCCUGAGUCUGUGCCCUCCAUCAACACAAGCAGGGUCUCGUCACACACAGUGGAAGGUGUGCUGCAGACACCUUCUCCCAGUGACAGCGGGGUGGGAGAACUCGAGGCUAUACUGCGGGAAAAAGACGCUGAAAUAAACACUUUAAGAGAAGUCAUGGACAGAAAUGAGCGUGCAAUAUUUCAGGUGUACGAAGAAAGACGCCACGUCUGGCUUCAAGACACUCAGGAACUUCGAGAUGAGUAUGAAAGAAAGCUGAAAAUCCAAAGCCGCAAGUCAUACAAAACAGAGCAGGUUCUGUCCCUUCAGGUUUACAAGCUCCAGCAAGAGCAGAAAACUCUGCUGGAGGAGAACCAGAAAAUCACAAAUGAGAAGGAGCUGCUACGACAGCAAGUGGAAGAAAAUCAAUCAGAAAUACAAGAGCUGCAGUCAAAAGUUGCUGCCCUUGAAGCAGCUGGUGCCAGCACCCUGACAAAGUCGGGUAGUUCCAGCUCCAGCAGUUUAGAGAACCAAUCUCUAAUGGAGGAGCUGGCUUUAAAAAACAAAGAACUGAUCACGUUGAAGUCACAGCUGCACAACUUUGAAGCAGACAUGGAGAAGAAAAACAAAGAGGUGGCUGAGAAAGUGCGUGACGUGGCAUCCAAGUCGGAACAGCUGAAGUCUCUGAAGGACGAGCUGACCAGGUUGAAAAACCCACCCGUGUUUUUAGAGGCGUCAACUCAGACUCACGUUCCCAGCGAGGUAGCGCCUUUAGAAAAUAUGAAACCCACAAUGCUUGGGGAGAGGGACAGGACAAUCAACAGCCUGCAGGAGGAGCUGCAGGAGAUCAAGGCGCAGGUGAGCGCACUAAAGCAGGAGCAUGAGAAGGAGAGGGAGCAGUGGCUGGAUGAGAAGAACAAAGUUGUCCGCUAUCAGAAGCAGCUCCAGCUCAACUACGUGCAGAUGCAGCGCAAGAACUCUGCGCUGGAGACAGAGGUCCAACAGCUGACCCUGGAGCUAGAGAACAGAGAUAUGAAGUUGAUAGCACUUGAUGAGGAGAGUAUGUGCUAGUGCAUGUUGCUGGUAGCACUUGAUGAGGAGAGUAUGUGCUAGUGCAUGUUGCUGGUAGCACUUGAUGAGGAGAGUAUGUGCUAGUGCAUGUUGCUGGUAGCACUUGAUGAGGAGAGUAUGUGCUAGUGCAUGUUGCUGGUAGCACUUGAUAAGGAUAGUUUGUGCUAGUGCAAGUUGCUGGUAGCACUUGAUGAGGAGAGUAUGUGCUAGUGCAUGUUGCUGGUAGCACUUGAUGAGGAGAGUAUGUGCUAGUGUAUGUUGCUGGUAGCACUUGAAGCUAGCACAUGAAGCUGGUAAUACUUGAUGAGAGGAGUAUGUACAAGCACUUCACAUUAGGCUGGUAAGACUUCACACAUAACUUGUAGCCCUCCAUGAAUCUGGAUUCACUUACUGAACAAGUUUGUGUUUAAUUAUGCACUAAAUAUUUUUUCUUAUAUUUGACAUGCACAUCACCUAUAGGAAUAUAGAGAAGAAACAUUUUCUUUUGUAAAUUGCUAAAGUCUGUACUAAAGUUGAAUGUAGGUGUAGAUAGCUGGUGGUUAGGCCUCAUGAAUCCACAUGGUAUCACAUAACAAACUUGUCUCACAGGAAUUCGUGGCACCCAGCUGUUGCUACUGAGCAUAUUCUUGUUCAUCCUUUUUUUUUUGUUCUUUUCUAAUCUGUGAUUUAAAGUUCUCCAAGAGAUGAGUUUACUAACAAUGAUAAUUCAAUCAGACUUUAUGUAAGACUGGCCACUAGGAGUGACCUAACCUAGACAUGAUCCUGUAUUUUCAUCAGAUUUGUAGCUUUCAUUUGUUUGUUGUUGUUUGUUUUUUUUUUUAUUUUAGUAAAGAAAAUUUUAAAAACAUUUUAAUAUAAAUAAUGACUGCAUUUAAAAUGUUGAAAAAUAUAUCUAAGAAUGUUUUGCGAAUGUGUUUUGAAAUUAUUGAUAAUAGUGUAGUUGUAGACUUAGUAUUUAGCAAGAACAAAACAUGGUUUGUAGAACAGUGAAAUCAAUAAGCUGCUAAAAAAUAUUGAGACAGUGGAGGGUGUUGUGCAAUAUGUGUCUUCAGUGGGAAUACACCAGCAGUUUAAGUUAUCUCAUGGGGAGUUCACACUCCAUACCAAAUACUGUUAGAGAAAAUUUUUAGAAAUUACUGGUUUAAUUAAAAUAGUUCAGCUUAUCUGUAUGUACAAUAAAACUAAAUGAUUCCAAUUGUACAUGUAAUUUCAUACAUGGAGUCAUAUUUUAUGUUAGUUAUUUUUUAAAUACUUAAUUCUUCUUCAUUCAAAAUGUGUGUGGAGUGUUACAUAAAUGUUGACCAGCUAGUCUUGUAUAUUGAAUAACAAAGUGCCUGUGUUUUAUAAUUCAAGUCAAUGCAGUGUUUUCAACUCUUUAUUUUUUUAAAUGUAGUAUUUAAAAUUGAUUCCUACAUUGCAAAAUUUCAAAUGUAUUGCUAAAAUUGGGAGACAAUUUAAUUAAAGUCCCUAGUCAGCCAAGUGAACAGUGCCAUGUACUAAGAACAUCAUUGUUCCUGAUAUUACUAUUUAAAUGGGUUAUCUCUCAACAUUAUUUUUUAGUUCUAUAUUCAGCCAACAAUGAAUGUUCACAUUUAAAAUAAACCAAUGUAAAAAAUACUUCAAAGAAUAAAAUAAUGCUUCAUUGUUUUUCAUAUAUUUCAUUAACUUAAAUCUCAUUGCAGUACCAAUUGUUGUAUAAGCUUACAAAACAUCUUAGUCUGUGUAUUAAAAUGUAAAUAAAAUAAGUAAAGUAUUGGUUCCUGUUACAUGUAUAAUAAAGAUUUCAUUUUUUAUUACAAAAAUUUUCAAAGUUAAUUUAAUUAUUUAUGUUACCCAACAGUCAGUUUAUAGUGAUUUAUUAUAACCUUUUUCAAUUAAAAUAAAUUAUUAAUCAGUUUUUUAAUUACAUAAAGCAGUAUUAACAGUUCAGAGUUUGAAUCUAUCCUGGCAUUAGUUUGAUGAUGACUCAUCUUUUAUUUUUGUCAUAUUUAAUCCAGAGAAAUUUUGACGCAGAAAACAUUUAAUCAGUGACUUAUUCCAAUCAGUGUAAGAUUGGGAGUAAUACUUAAUUAUUUUAUUGCUGGUCCCUUUUACUGAGUUACAGUACCAUAUAAGCAAUCAUAUAUUUUAUUUUCUAAAAAUGACCCUGAAAAAACUAUGGUCAUAUGUUUCUGUUUUAAUACAAUUAAGUCUGUUUAAGAUAAAGCUUCAGUACUUAACAUUUGUUGGCACACAAUUGUUACAGCAGUGGUUGAUACUAGCCAAGUUAACUGACAAUCUUCCAUACUCAAGGUUUUUACUAUGUACAGCCAUCACAAGAUGUGAUGACAUUUUUCACUUGUUUAUUUGUGUAAUUAAACCACAUAAAUGUGAUGCAAUAAUCAUAAUUAACCACCAAUCAAUGAUAACUUUUUUUUUACACAGAAGUCAUCUGCAUGUCUGAUUUUAUCAUGUUUGUGCCUUGUUAUCUGAGUAUUACAAUAUUAAGAAAAAAUCCUUGUUUUGUUUGAGCUAUGCAUGUUUAUUUAAUUGUAAACAGAAUAUAAGUAAUUCAUCAGUGCCAAUAUUUAGUUGGUUGUGAACUACAUAGCAGGUCAGAGUGUACACAGCUUUUAAGUAUCUUUUUUUACAAUCUUUGCUAAAUUGAAUAAAAAGUAUUUCUUAACAUAGGGAUAACAAUUUCUUCAAAAAUAUAGUCAGUAGGCAACUAACUCUGUAUGAAUGGCAAAACUUUGAAGUAUGUUGAAUGAAUCAAGUGAUUAUUUUUUUUGUUUCCUAGUCAUUUAUGUUAAAUACAAUUUUCUGCCUAGAAUGAUUGAUCAUUAAUAAAGUAAUGUUUAUAAGUUUUC